AUGAACACUACAUGUACCGCCGACUUUAGCAUUUUCGAGUACCCCCAAUUUCAGGCUACAGCAAUGCAUAUCAUCACUGUAAUAGUCACACCAUUCCACUUACUUGGGUUAUACUGUAUUGUAUAUAAAACUCCUGACCAAAUGAAAGGUGUAAAAUAGUACCUGUUGAACUUACACCUAACCGUUAUGGCAUUCGACUAUACGUUGACGUUCCUGACGGUUCCGUUUUUCUUGGCUACUAAGCUAGCAGGGUUUUCAAUGGGGAUUGUGAAAUACUUGGAUCUACCGUUUGUGAUACCAGCAUUAUUCCUGAUAUACUGUUUUGGACGUGAGUUUUUCAUGGGGGUAUUCAUGUAAUGACGAAAAAUGCUAAAAUGUAUUUUUCACAUUUUUUCCAAUAUUCAUAUGUGUAAAAAAAUGUUUAAAAAACGCGUGCAUUCAACAUUUUUAACAAGCGUUUUUAAAUGCAUGCGUUUUUGAAAAAUGUUACAUACAUACUUUUUAAUUCAGUAAUGUUCAUCGCUAUCGUUGCAAUAUUUCAAAACCGAUUUCAAGUCAUUUGCACCUUUUCCUGGAUGCCAAAAUGGCGAAAACAUGUGCAACCAUCAUUCCCACCAAAGAUGUAUAUAGUUCACGCUUGUCAGCUCGUCACAGUGUUCUUUUUUGUACCAGACCAGGAAAUUGCGAGAAAAGAUUUGUUUAAAGUAUAGAUUCUGAAUAGGUUUUUCUCAGAGUACCUUCAAUUCUGUAAUUCCAGAAUCUUCCCUGCCUACCCCGUGAAAUCUACGAAGCACCGAUCUAUGUCAUCGCUGACAACAUGACCUAUCAUCUGACAGUGAUGAUGUCUGGUGUUAUACUUGUCUCCGGUUAUAUCCUAUUCUUCCUCACAUGCCUCAUCCUGAACAGUCUCAAGCAGCUAAAGGAGAAUAAAAUGUCAGAGAAGACAUUUCGACUUCAGAAACAAUUUCUCAUCGCGAUUAUCGUGCAGAGUGGAGUCCCACUGUUAGUAUUUAUGAUCCCAAUUGCAUAUUAUGUAGUAGCAUUGUUGAACGAGUAUUACAUUCAAGGAACUACAAAUUUCAUGCUUGUCAUCGAGUCGUUACAUGGGUUAUUCUCAACAUUGGCCAUGUUGUAAUUUCACAAACCUUACCGUAAAGCAGUUACUGAGAUGUUCGUGAAAGUGAUUGAGCGGAAACAUAAAGAUUCUCAAGUCUAUCUGGUUACCAGGAGAACAGGCUCUUAG